CUAGUCUUCAGAGAAGAGCACAGCAGCCAGCUUCUCCUCCAUCAUGACCAUCAUGAUUCAUGUUCCAGCAGGCUGGUCACCAUUUGUGAAAGUCAAGACAGCGAAGCCCUCCGAUUUUCAUCGUCGCGUUUGUGACCAUUCUCUAGCUAGCGGUCCAGCUAAAGUUUCCCCAUGGCUGCCACUGCCAGUUGUGCACUUUUGGACUGCAGUACUCAACUCUCCUGCUUGAGAGCUCCGGCCUCUUCCCGGCGGUUUGCUUCUCCGUCCUCUGGGUGCACAAUUGUAUGUAAGACCCAGAGACACAGCCGGUACGAGAAGUCAAAGAAGCAUGCCAGGCAGGGCCAUGCCACCAUUCCGCAACACGGUCCUGUGGUCCCUUCCAAGCUGAGGAGUGGGCCUGCACCAAGAGCUCAAGUCAGGACAAAACCAGGUACUAUGGAGGCUCGGAAGGAGAGGGGCUCCUCGCACCCUGAACCGGACCACGUAGAGGAGUCGAGCUUUGCUCAAACACUCUCGGUGUCUGCUACAGUGGCAGAGGAGAUGCAAGCAACUGCAAAGGGAGUCUCAGCCGAGAUUCCUAGCGGAAGCUUGGUUGAGACACCCCAGCCAGUGGCACAAGAAGCCACUGAGAAACUCUCGGGCUCCCAUUGGGACGACUUCUGGGCCCCUCGCCUUUUCUGGGUUUUCCGCGCACUUGGGACAGUCGUUGACUGAGACGCACCGUCGCUGACAUGUUCUGUAACCAGGUUGGUAUGUGUAAAACAGCCACGUUAAAAAAAUAAUGUACUUUGUAGAAACUGGAUGAGUUUUUGACUAAAAAAUAACUGGUAUAGUUAGUAAGUCGUCGAUGCGUGUAUAUAGUUUGACAGAAUGUGUUUGAGAUGGUUGGUGUCCUGCAGCAGGUAGUGUUUGGCUUUGGUGAUCCCACUAUCAGUUCUGUAACUUACUUGUUCAUACUUAGGUGUAUAGAAGGUAUCAGCAAUCGCAAAGAAAAGGACGUUUUUCUCCUUGUACGACUAGUUGCUUUUGUCUAUUGGAGCGAGUGACUAACGAUUGCGAGAACAUCUGAUCAUUCGAAUCAAAGAUUAUCAGCGUGCAGAUUGAGCUUACUAUCCCAUGUGCGCUUAAAGUAUCUCAAACACAAGUCAGCGGCG